AGGUAACCUUAUCAAAAAGAUCCAAGCUAAUUUCACAACACCGUUUUCUUCCUGCAAUUGCUUCCAUGGACUCAUUGAUUUUUCAUUGAACUCGUGGUGUUUCAUAGAGAAUUACCACUGCAUCUUCCCAGUAUGCCUGCCGAUAUUAGAAGCUUCUUUGGAGGUAAACCUGGGACCUCUACCUCUACACCUAUUCGAGCAAAGGAGAACAAGAAGGAGGAAGAUUCCAAGAAAAAGAAGAGCAGUGAGUUUUUCAGACAGCUUGGUUUGUUGCAUCAUACUGAUGGGAUCUAGAAAGUCGUAAAAUCAUCGAAGAUAGCGAUGAUGAAGAACCAGUGUAUGAGUUACCAAAAUAAUCUUGCACAGCGUAUACUAAAGUCUCCCAGGACAAAAAAGCCCGAGCCGAAAAGAGCUGUGCCUAAAAAAUCAAUGUAUGAUUUAUCCGGUUUCUUUCUAUUCUGCAUAAUUAACCUAGCGAUUUAGUAAAAAUGAAGAGCCUGAAGGAAAGGAAACAACCGCGGAUGACUUCUUUGCUUCGAGCAGUAAACCCAAGGCCAAACCAGCAAAAUCAACGCCCAUCAAAGCAAAACAGCCACCACCCGAGACGAAUAGCCGAACAUCUGCUCGAAAGAAGGCACCUACGACCUAUCAAGAAAUUAAAGACGAGGACGAGUUCGAUGAGGACGAUGAUAUAUUUGCAGCAGAUGUGAAAAAAGCAGGCAAACGCAAGGAUGAUGGUUAUGUCGAAGAUGAUAGCGAUGACGAGGUGCUACCAAAACCUAAGAUAGUUGUGUCGAGGUCGAAGCCUGCACCAGCCAAAAAGGACAAAGAUGUUGAAAUGAAGGAUGUGAAUGACGGCGACGCUUUUGUUGUGCCUGAUGACGAUGAGGAUGAUGAUAUGAUGAUAAUUGAAAAGCCCGGAAAGAACGCUGCCGCGAAUGGCAAGAAGCGCAAAUCUGUUGAUUUGGAAUCCGAUGACGAGGAGGAUGUUCUAUCUAAAAAAUCCACCAAAAGCAAAAGCUCAAAGCCACCUCCAGCAAAGAAACCUCGAGCUCCCGCAAAGAAAGCAGCUGCUCCAGAGAGCUCGAGUAUACAAGCAAUCCUUGACAGCAUUCCAACCGUUCGAGCCCCAACCCCUCCACCGAAAGAUGAUAGUGUCAAAUUUAAUUGGCGCGCUGGUGGAGGUGGUAGUUCUGCCGCUCCACCGGCUGCAGGUUGCGCGGAGAUUCCUGAAGGUGCAGAGAAUUGUUUGGUAGGUUUGACAUUCGUUUUCACGGGAGUGCUCAACACAAUUUCAAGAGAUGAGGGAAUUGAGCUCGUCAAGAGGUAUGGGGGUAAAAUCACUGGUGCGCCAAGUAGCAAAACAAGUUAUGUUGUACUUGGAGCCGAUGCUGGCCCGAGUAAACUCAGAAAGAUAAAGGAAUUAAAGAUCAAAAGUGUUGAUGAAGAAGGGCUCUUCGCCAUUAUCAGAGCCAUGCCUCCUAACGGUGGCGAUGGCAAGGCUGCGGAGAAGAAUAACGAGAAGAAGGCAGCUGAACAGAGGAAGAUUCGAGAAGACGCCGAGGAAAUGGACAGAGAGGAGCGAAGAAAAGCUGCAGAAGCGGAGAAGGCGGAGAAGGAGGCUCAAAAGCUUGCUGCAGCAAAAGGAAAAUCUUCUAUACCAGCAGCUCCCCGCAAAGCAGUGGUACCAACUUCAUCACAAUUGUGGACCACCAAGUAUGCGCCAACGCAAAUGAAUCAAAUCUGUGGCAACAAAGGCCAAGUUGAAAAGAUUCAGACUUGGCUUAAGGGUUGGCCAAACGCUCAUAAGUACAAUUUCCAGAAGAGAGGUGCAGAUGGACUCGGAGGCUACAGAGCCAUUAUUAUCCAUGGUCCACCUGGUAUAGGAAAAACGACUGCGGCACAUUUGGCUGCCAAACUUGCUGGUUAUGAUAUUUUGGAGAGAAACGCUAGUGAUGUUAGAAGCAAGAAACUUGUUGAAACUGGGUUGAGUGAAGUACUGAAUAACACCUCGGUUCUGGGUUACUUCGCAGGCGAUGGGAAGAACGUCGAUAAGACUAGGAAGAAGAUAGUCCUUAUCAUGGAUGAAGUCGAUGGUAUGUCAUCUGGUGAUCGAGGUGGUGUGGGAGCUCUCGCGAAAAUCUGCAAAACUACCGAUAUUCCCAUGAUAUUGAUCUGUAACGACCGCAGGCUUCCGAAGAUGAAGCCAUUCGAUUUUGUGACAUUCGAUAUGCCAUUCAAGAGACCUACCGUUGAUAUGGUUCGUUCACGUAUCGCUACUAUCUGUCACCGAGAAGGCAUAAAACUCCCUGUUCAAGUCAUCGAUGCCCUCAUUGAAGGAAGCAAUAAGGAUAUCAGACAAAUUAUUAACAUGAUAUCUACCGUUAAGCUUGAUCAAACAGCCAUGGAUUUCGACCGGGGAAAGGAAAUGUCAAAGGCAUGGGAAAAGCAUGUUGUUCUAAAGCCAUGGGACAUAACCCAUCAACUCCUCGGAGGACACAUGUUUGCUCCCAGUAGUAAAUCUACCUUGAACGAUAAGAUUGAGCUUUACUUCAAUGACCACGAGUUCACACCGCUGAUGAUCCAGGAAAAUUACCUAAACACCAAACCGCAAUUAGCUAAUGGUGCAGAUACACCCAAAGAGCACAGGCUAAAAGUGUUACAACUCGUAGACCAAGCCGCAGAGAGUAUCAGCGAUGGUGAUCUAGUUGAUCGGAUGAUUCACGGAUCCCAACAACAAUGGUCGCUUAUGCCUACGCACGCAGUCUUCAGUACAGUUCGACCAGCAAGCUUUAUAUCUGGUUCAAUGACUGGAAGAACCAACUUUACAUCUUGGCUUGGUAAUAAUAGCAAAUACGGGAAACUCUCUCGUUAUGUGAAGGAAAUUCAAUCGCACAUGCGACUGCGGUCCUCUGGAGAUCGUCAUGAAAUUCGUCAACAAUAUCUACCAGUUCUCUGGGAUAAACUCAUUCGUCGACUCGAAGUUGAGGGCAGGGACUCCGUGGAAGAUGUUAUUGAUCUCAUGGACAGUUAUUUCUUAACUAGGGAGGACUGGGACUAUAUUUUCGAACUCGGUGUUGGAGAACAAGAUAUGGAAGGUGUCAAAUUGGAAACCCAAACAAAAGCCAAUUUCACAAGAUCGUAAGUUCUCUAUUGUCUCUUCUCAAACUCGGGAAUACUAACAAAGCAAAGCUAUAACGGACGCUCCCAUCCCGUUCCAUUCAUGAAAGCAAGCAAUGUCUUCCAACCCACCAAAGUAGCCGCCGUGAAACCAGAUCUGGAAGAAGCAUUCGAGGAAGAAGAUGAAGGUGAUGUAAUUUCGGAACCAGUUGAUGAUGACGAAGAGGCCGAUUUGAAGAAGGAUAAAUAUAUCAAGCAACCUAAGAAGAAGCCAGCCAAAAAGCCAGCAAAGAAGAAGGCGAAGACUAAUGAGGAUGAUGACAUGAUUGAUGAUGAGGAAGAGGAAGAAGAGAUUCCAAAGAAAAAGAAGAAAGCGAGUGCUACUGCGAAGAAGGGGAAGAAAUAAAUGGAUAGCUGGGUGCCAGCCUGGAUUUGAAGAAUAAUUUUUGAUACGUCUUACACCUUAGGGGUUGAUGCGGAGAGCAGAUUAUAUUUGCAAAACAGAUUUUGCUGGUGUAUGAUUAUUGAAUCUGUAUUAUUGUAUUUGGAGGCUGUGAAAGCGAAGAGCGGAUCAUGGAGAAUGGAGAGAUACCAUCCGUUCUGGAGUCCAAAUGGAGAAGAUAUCAUGAUAAGUUUAUUUGUAAGAUUAGCUUCUUGCACAUAUUUAGGUAGUUUUGGGCACUGAUGCCAAAUGAUAUAUGGAAUAGACAAUACGCUGAAUCU